CUCCCUCCUCUCUCUAUUUCUCCCUUUUGUUCUCUCUCUCUCUCUCUCUCGCCUCUCCUGGUCUGUGUGUGUGCUCAGUCGUUCAAUGCCGCGCAGCGCUGUUGUGUCAUGAGGCUUGGGAGCCCAUGGAGUGCUGGUGCUAGGGGGUAGUGACUACCUCAGAGAUGUAUUAGAGACAGCGCCAGAGAGAUUUGACAAAACCCUUCGGACCUACACAUAAGGGACAGUGGAGAUACAGGAUAGAGAGAGAGUGGACUACCGGUACCCACCACAGCCUGAGGAGAAACGCAUUGAAGACGGAAGCGAUACAGCUGGAGAUCCGCUGUGGAGAGACUGGGGGUCUUUGGUGAUCCGCUGUAGAGAGACAGGCUAGAGACUGGGGGUCUUUGGUGAUCCGCUGUAGAGAGACAGGCUAGAGACUGGGGGACUUUGGUGAUCCGCUGUAGAGAGACAGGCUAGAGACUGGGGGACUUUGGCAAUUCCUUUCAAAGACCGUGGGGAUAUUGCUUGCGCUGAGAUACUGAAGCUGAAGAGAUUUGGAGAUACAAGCUGAAGACCUCAGACAUAAUCAGCUUGUUGGGGAGACCAGUUGGAGACACUGCAUGGGGAUGUUAAUUAGAGACUCGGACUAUACAGAAUAUUUGGGUUAGAUGCUUGGAUAUAAAGGCGUCACCCCAGUGAUGUCAGGUGGGGUCAAACACACCCCUGUCCUUCCCUGCUAAAAAGUGUUGUGGGUCUGAGGAAGGGGCUUGGAUUUUGGCGUGUCUGGAUGACAGCACAAUUGUGUUAACCACACCAGUGCUUUCCUGUCGCUCCAGUUUAUGUACUCCGUCUCUGUCGCUCCCCUUGUGUCUGUCUCUCUCUUUUUCGAUCUCUUUCUCUUUCUUUUUCUCUCUCACUCUCUCCCCCAUGGGAAAGUUAAUAAAGAGAAUGAAAGCAGAAGCACAGUUUUAAGGUAAAGCCACCGCAAUUAGUCUGACUGUAGGACUGCUGCAGCUAUAGAAACUGAAGCAACAGCCAGUAAGCUUAGAAACUGAGUGGAUUACCAGACGCAUCAUGUGGACCCAGUCAGGAUACUGCCAUCACUUCCCCGGACAUCCAUUCUACCAUGCGCCCUCCUGCAGCCAUAACCAGAGGACCACGUCGUUCCGGCACCCCGUGACGGGACAGGUGUCUCGAGAGAACGUGGAUUUUAUCCUCCAAGAACAGCCAGGUGGCCGUAUGUCCAACCCCCAGCAGGCCGACUUGCGGCUUUCCAGCACCAUCAGCGAGGCUUCCACUGUGGACACCGCUUCGGGGUCAAAGGGCUCCAGGUCCAGUGGGAGGGUGCUACAUUUUGGGAAGCGAGAGCAGUCCAUCAAGAGGAACCCCAACGUCCCAGUGGUGGUGAGAGGAUGGCUCUACAAACAGGACAGCUCUGGGAUGAGGCUUUGGAAGAGGAAGUGGUUUGUGUUGGCUGACUACUGCCUGUUCUACUACAAAGACAGCAGGGAGGAGUCAGUCCUGGGUAGUAUUCCUCUGCCCAGCUAUGUCAUCUCAGCCGUGGAGCCUGAAGACCACAUCAUCCGCAAGUACGCCUUCAAGGCCAGCCACACGGGCAUGCGCUCAUACAUUUACAACCGGAGCUCUGUGAUUGGCUCGCAGGCGGAGCACAGUGGCAUGCGGACCUACUUCUUCAGCGCCGACACACAAGAAGACAUGAACGGCUGGGUGAAGGCCAUGAACCAGGCGGCGCUGAUGCAGAACCACACCGCCAGCCUCAAGAGACCUUCGGAAACAUCGGAGAUAUCGGAAAUGCCCAGCGUGUCGGAGCGCCAGGCAGUACCCCAAACCAACCACGUCAACAACUACACCGAGACCGCCCCCCGUCCCCCAGUCCAUCUCCAUAGCGAUAGGGUGGUCCUCCAACCGGCUGACAUCCACCGAGAAACCGAGCAGCACUGUAGCUUCUGGAACGACACUCCCAACCCCAUUGCUUCAGAAAUUGUCCUUGGUGGUGGGAACGUGGAAAUUGAAAUGGACGCCGUCCCUCCUAGCAGUCUCUCUCCCCUUCCGCCAUACUCAGCCUCCUCAACUACAUCUGCGCCCCCCUCCAGUGCUCAAAUGUGCACCCCGUCGUACACCGCCUCAACCCUACCCCCCGGGGCCUGUCUGAGGAACGGGACACCCACCCUGGAGCCCAACGGGAUGGGGACGGGGACGUACCAGAGGGCCACCCUGCCCCCCCAGGUGGUGGAUACUCACAGGCAGGUGCAGAGGAGGAGUGCCCUGGAGCAGGUGGAACACUGGGUCAAGGUGCAGAGGGUCGAGCACCAAGGUCCUUCCUCUAGAGGGAGCACCCUGCCCCGCCACACCCCUCCGACCCAGCCCACGUUCAUCGGCCUGGAGGCCUACCAGACACUACCAAAGACCCCAAACCACAGCCCCCCCACGGCUGCACGCCACGGGGAGUACAAAUACGCCCAGGACCGCCUUAGCCACUUCCGCCUCGGACCCCCGAACUCCCAGGGUACCGGUGCCAGGGACGGGAGUGGCAUCGGUGGGCCUGGCACCGUGUGGCAGCUGUAUGAGUGGCAACAGCGCCACCAGUACCGCCACGGCAGCCCCACCGCCCCCCUCUACACACCUGCCCCGGACUACCCCUUUGGGCACCGUCCACCCUCCACGGUCCCCCCCUCAGCCCCACGGCCCAGCUCCGAGGUGCCCCGCUGUGUGUCGGUGCCCCCUGAUCCCUCUGACAUCCCCCCACUGGGACCCCCACGGGGCUCCAGGGCCCUGUCCCCACCGCGGAGGCCCCAUACGCCUGCUGACCGGGUGGUGGUAAUGCCCCUGGGAGAGAGGCCCGCGCUGGAUGUGCAUGUGGCUGGGUCCCCCCGGAGAGCCAAGUCUCAGCUGCUCAACGCUGCCACCAUCGACAGACGGUCCAUCCCUACCUCCGGCUACAUCACACACACGGUCAGCGCGCCCAGCCUUCACGGGAAGACGCCGGAGGAACUCACCCUCCUGCUCAUUCAGCUCCGGAGGCAUCAGGCAAAGAUGGCCUCCGCGCGCCACCACACGGUAACCCAGAUGCAGCACUUCAACUACAGCCCCUCUGGCCCCCACCUCCGCACCACCAACAACAACCCCCUCUUCUCCGGCCCUUCUUCUCUGGGGUCCUUACUAGGCCCCCCAGGCGCAAUGGGCCGCGGCAGCAGCAGCCAGGUGGGGGCCCCCAGUACACCUGGCCUUCUUUACCCCACUGAUGUUGACGAUACUUACAUGCAACUGAAGAAGGACCUGGAGUAUCUAGACUUGAAGAUCAAAAGUUUAGAGCCGUUGAUCCUCAUGGCUCACAGUGUGCUACUGCACUGCACUGCCGGGCCUCUCGGGCCACUAUGGAACGUGGUUGGAAGUCAGUCGUUGAAAGAAGCGACAAAACCUGUCAAAAUAGCUGAGAGUGACGUCGAUGUGAAACUCAGUGGGUUAUGUGAGCAGGACAAGAACCUGAAGGAACUGGAGGUCCGGAUCAGCUCUCUGAAGGACGAUAAGGACAAGCUGGAGUCGGUUCUGGACCUGUCCCGCCAACAGAUGGAGCAGUACAGAGACCGGCCGGCCCACCUGGAGAAGAUAGCCUACCAGCAGAGACUCCUACAGGAGGACGUGGUGCACAUCAGGGCCCAGAUCUCCAGAGUGUCCACGGAGAUGUCCCGGGCCUGGGAGGAGUACAGCAGGCUAGAGAGCUCAGUGGAACAGCUGAGGACCGCGCUACAGACCACCAUGAACUACAGCACCACCUCUCAGCGGGAGAAAUCGGAGACAAAGCGGGAGCUGUGGAGAAUAGAGGACGUGAUGGCAGGGCUGAGCGCCAACAAAGCCAACUACAGGAUCACCAUCAACUCAGUGCAGAACCCAGAGAGGAAGCUAGUGCCUUCGGUGUUGGACCCUGCAGUGCCUUCCCAGUGCCCUACACCCCCACUAGGGGAGGUUAGGCCCCCUCCUCUCAGCUCCUACAUACUGCCUCACAACCCUGUGCCAAAGUGGGCAGAAGAUGAGGCUCCUCCCAGGCCGCCCCUGCCCCGCCUCUACGACUAUGAAGACCCGCCCCCCACCAUCCCGCCCCUCCCCAAAGAGGCAGCAGCGGUCGUAAGACACACGUCGGUUCGAGGGCUCAAACGCCAGUCAGACGAGAGGAAGAGAGACCGUGAGGUCGGAGGGUGUGUCAACGGAGACUGUAAGGUGGAGCUGCGGUCGUACCUCAGUGAACCAGAGCUGCCAGGGAUGGGCCAGAGCAGCACAGGGUCUGAGGGGGGCUACCAGACCCUCCCAAACAAAGGUCUGUCAGGCUCAUCGUCGCGGCUGAACCAGUCCAGUAAUAUCUCCUCCUAUGUGACCCUAAGGAGAGGAGUGGCCGGCUCAGCAGGGAGGGAGAGACCUAAGAGUGCCUUGGAGCAGCUGUACUCUUCCGACCAGCAGCCCCAGUCUCUGGCCCAGGCCCCCCGGGGCCGCAUGAGUGCUGAGGAGCAGCUGGAGCGUAUGAAGAGACACCAGAGGGCCCUGGUCCGCGAGCGCAAGAGGAACCUCAGCCAGGGAGAACGUCACUCCACCACCCAUCGUUCCUCCUCCUCUACCAGGCCUCUCUCCUCCACUGACCUGGGCUCAUGGAGGCGUGAGCAGCAGGACUUUGAUUUGCAGCAGGAGCAGAAAGCUCAGGUGGUGGAGCGACAGGGUGCCGAGGGCCAGAGCGACGAGGGGCGUAGAGAGCUGAAGGAAAGGGAGAGGAUCCAAUCAGAUGAGUGGCUCACGGUGAUGGCCACGCCCAUGAGGGGGACUGACAUGGAGCCCCUCGACUACGACCUGGACCUCAGUCAUGAGCUGUCCAAGCCCCAGAAGGUGCCUAUCUCAGAGCGCUAUGUGGAGUCAGACCCCGGGGAGCCUCUGAGCCAGGAGCAGAUGGAGGAGCGUCAACGCAGAGCAGAACGCAUCAUAAACAUCCUGGCCAAAUCCAAUGUUCAGAACACACAUCCGUCGUCUGGUGUGGCUGUCCCACUGGACUUCACUGAUCUGGACCUAGCCAUGCAGCAGCAGAAGAGGAUUAUGAAUGUGUCACACGCCUUGGCCUCUGAAGCCUCCAUCAAGAGCAAGCAGUUCACAGCCAAAGCUCAGCUGAACGCUGACUGACCAUUGACACGGACGCCAAGGCACCGACAGGACAUCCGUGAAUGAAAAUAGUUGAUGGGCAAAGGAUCUAAUACUAAUCAUUUUCAGCAAUUAAUGCCAGAGUGAUGUUUUAUAAUACUUUUUAUUGGAGUUAAAACACGAUAAUAAUGUUUUCUUUUAAAGAACCAAAAGGAGUUAUUGGAAUCUCAACAAGAGCAUUGAAACUGUGCGUGUACUUAAUGUUAAGUUUGAAUUGGAGUUGUGUUUUGCACUUUAAUGUGGUGUGUAAUUGUUAACACUACUAGUUUUUGCAACAGAAUCAUUAGCUGUGUUUUUGAAGUGUGGUCUAUAUUUCUAAAUAAAUAAGUUCUAAGCAAUGUUGUAUAGGUCGUUGAGAUGGAAACGUAAUUAUGACAUGAAUCAUAUAUUUAUUUUGACUAAUGAAAGACAAUCUUGCACCAAAUUGCACCCUUUGUAGCUCAGCACUGCCAUGUAACGCUUUUGCCAAUCAACUGUAUUGUAUUAUGUGUCAUUUAAAAGGGAAAUAAACCAUAAUGAUGUUUUAUGGAAAUAAAGGUUUUAACAAAACA